UUCUUACAAUAAUUUCAUAACAAAACAAGAUUUUGAAGUAAAACAUAAGAAAAGAAACCCUAAAAAAAGAGAGAAAAUGAUCAAAGGGUUCUUGUUGGUUUUUUUCUUUUUAAUCACUGCAAAGACUUCAGUUUCCCGUCCGUUCGCAUGGUCGAGGGGUAACAUGCCAGGCCAAAACUAUCCCGGCGAAAGUGGGUCGGGCCGUGGGCCCAAUUGGGAGUACAACUGGGGUUGGGGCUCUGCUCCAGGAUCUGGAUGGGGAUUCGGAUCAGGCUCGGGUAGAUCACCAACAGGAUGGGGAAGAGGAUCCGGAUACGGUUAUGGAUCCGGAUCCGGAUCAGGUACCGGAUAUGGAUAUGGUUCUGGAGGUGGUGGAGCACGUGGUGGUGGAUAUGGUUACGGAAGCGGAAAUGGCCGGUCUGGUGGAGGUGGUGGUGGUGGUGGUUCCAACGGUGAAGUUGCCGCUUUGAGCCACGGUAGUAAGAUUCAUCCGUAAGGAUGUUUUAUUUGGUAAUUUCUCCCAACCAAAAUAUUUUGGGAGGAGUAUAAGUGUUUGUAAGAUUAAAGAUUAUUAGGUUUGGUACCCUCCUAAAUGUAACUUAUCUUCCUUUGUCUUGAAUGCUUUUUAUAUAGAUUAUGCGCUCGACAUAUCUUAUAAUGUCUGCAUGUUUUUAAAGUGUGAUCUCUUUUAGUGUUUUUGUUUGUUUCCAAACGCUUGUUUUGAUCA